AGUACGACUCGAGCCUUACCCGUACGACGUACGAGAAUGCGCGCGCGCUUAUUUCGAAUAUUUAAAAAAAGUUUUUAGUGAAAAUAAAAUUUGUUUUGAGGAUUUGCUGUGCACGAAAAAAUUGUGCGCUCUAUUUUUGGAUUCCGUGCUAUCGAAAUGUCGGCGGAAGCCAUCCUGCCGGCGGUCGGCGGUGAAGCUUCCGGGGCGGCCUCCGUCAGAUCCGAGGACAGCGAUUCGGGAGACAGCGAGACGACGCCCGAGACGAGCUGCCACAACCUAGACACCGCCGACUUUAAGAUAUGCGCCGCGAGCCGCUCUGAUGGCAAAAGAAGACAGACCAAUUACUGCGGGCCCAAGGUUCAGUGUGUAUUGGGCAUCACCUUCAUAGUGUUGUCCGUGAUGGGGCUUAUCUUCACGCCCCUGGAUUUUAUGCUGUGGGAGAAGCUUAACAUGAGACCAGGGCUCCCGCCGUACGACUGGUGGGCAGAUCCCCCCGAUGAAGUGAAGCUCAGGGUGUACGCGUUCAACAUCACGAACCACGAUCGGUUCAUGCAAGGACUGGAUCCGAAGCUGAACGUCGAAGAAAUAGGACCUAUCGUUUAUUUAGAGAAACUCGUCCAUACCGGGAUAAAGUUUAACGAGAACAGCACUAUGACGUAUAUAGCAAAACGUCACACCAUAUAUUUGCCCGACGAAAACAAUGUUGACAUGAAUGCGACCCUGAUAGUGCCAAAUCUGGCGGUGCUGGGCAUUGCGUCUUAUCUACACAACUCGAUGUUUUUUGUACAAUCGGCAUUCACAAUACUGGCCAGUUCAUAUGGAAGCGAAUUAUUUGUAAAGAAGACUGUUCACCAAUACCUUUGGGAUUUUAGAGAACCAGUUUUGGAUUUAUCCAAGAACUUAGCUCCGGGUCUGGUGCCCGUCAACAAUAUGGGCAUAUUGGCUAGGAUAUACGCCAAUUUCCAAGACGAGAUGACGGUGAAAAUAGGUCCGCGCUGGGGCCACGACGAGUUCUUUCAAAUAGACAGGUUCUGGGGGAACCCGCAGCUGCCUGGAUACGAUCCCGAGGUGUGUCCAGAUCGAAUCGCGGGUUCUACUGAAGGCGUAAUGUACCGGCAGCGCCUCACAAAAAACGAUACCUUAUUAUACUGGAGGAAGACUGUCUGCAAAAUUAUGCCACUUUACUUUGAUAGCGAAAUGACCUUAGAAGGAGUGCCGGUGUACAGAUACAACUUGUCGGAGAGUGUGCACGAACGUCUGACGAACGGAACAGACUGUUACGCCAGCAGCCCGACCUUGCCGGACGGCGUCAGUGACGCUUCGAAAUGCUAUUACAAUUUCCCAAUGGUGUCGUCCUAUCCACAUUUCUACGCGGGCGGUGUUCUCAAAGACCAGUUUGUGACCGGCCUCAAGCCUGAUAGAAUUAAGCACAAUUCUUACGUGAUUGUUGAACCGCUAACGGGUACUCCGUUUCACUCUGUGGCGCGAAUGCAAAGUAAUCUGCACAUUAGAGAUUUGUCAGGGUUCAAUUACAACUAUGACAAGCUCUCGAAUUUAAUAUUACCACUUUUCUGGGCAGAAUAUAAUCAAGAAAAUCUGCCUUCGAAAAUAAAAAACGUGAUAUACUUCAUGGUCGUGAUACUGCCGCCCCUAACGAUCAUAGUUUUAUCAAUAAUAAUAAUAUUAGGUUUCUAUUUAAUAGCGAAAAACGUAUACGAAACGAAACUGCGUUACGACAAAAUAAAAACGUUAUUGCAUUUCAAUAGUGACGCUUCGAACGUGAAGACGAAUACAAUAUUUAAUUAUGAGAAAGAAACGUUCUUGAAGAGUCCUAGUUAACCAUUGUAGACUUUAGUUAUAUAUUUUUGUUUGUGUUUAAAGAAAUGGAUGGAAAGCCUUUGGUUAAAAUGAGGCUUUAAGAUGACUAAUCUGUAGCAAAAUUUGUUUUUUUUUCCAGAUUUAUUAAUAAAGUAAAAAAAGAGCGUGACAAAGUGUGUAUAUUAUAUAAUAGAUACUGCUCUUUGCAUGGAAGGAGUAAGUACUACGUAGUACUUAUUACUUCCAUGGCUCUUUGUGACAUUAAUUCACAUUGUAUGAAUGCUGCCGCCUUCUUUCCUUCAAUGUGACAGCGAAAUUUCAAUCGUUUCGAAAGAAUAUUCUAUAAUAAUAUACUCUGAGGAAUAACUACUAUAUCACUGUUUAAACUACAAAAUUGCUUCCAUCAGUGUUCAACUUAGAAUGUGUAGUGUGGUCAGGGCUGUUCACGUUUGGUCGCCUCUGCAAUACAUAAGCGUAACUUUCAGAUUGCAAUAAAUUAUUAAAAGCAUCUAACUUUUCCACUAUUUCCGAAAAUUUCCUUUUUUAUUCCUCGGUAGGAUAUUGUCACGAACUACCCUAAUUUCGAACGAAAGUCUAGAAUUUUGAUAGUAAAUAAAAAAAAAUCUUUCCCAAAAAGCGUCCCAUAGACAAUAAUAAUGCGCUGCCAUUAGAUUUUUUUUUUUUUUAUUAAAUAUUUAGAACUUUGUGCCUCAAAUAAAAGACAUUCAAAGAAGCUAUCAAGUAAUACCUAUGAACAAACAAGAUUGCUAGUUAAUUAUUUAGUUUUAAGUACAAAAGGAGCCCUUAAAUUGUAAUGUUUGACAAAAAAAAGACUGAAUACAUAAAAAAUGUGUUAUUCAUAACAUGACAUAAAACAGACAUACAGUUAAGACUACCUUCAAUAUACGAUUCAAGACGAUAUAACGAUUGCAAUCUUAAAAUCCUAUAAAAAUAUGGAGGUACGAGAUAAGAUGUGAAAAUGUUACGAGAAAAAGUUACUACCAAUUACAGUUGCGCCACCGUAGCUAAAGGUAACAUUUCAAUGAUAAUGCCAAAAGUUAAUAUUUGAUUUUAAAUGUUUUCAACUCUGCUCGUUUAGAACUACUACGUUCAUAUAACAUCACUAGCCACGCUAGAGUUAUUAUGGUGGGCAUUUUUAGACAAAAGACAGUUCUCUUUGCCCCUGCUCUCCGUAUAUUUAAAACAUUUUUGAAAUUUCCAAAUUUUAAAACCAGAACAAUUUGGAUUCUAUUCUUAGUUUUAGUCCCAGGGGCUAAGCGAUAAUCUACUUAAAACUUUCACAGCUAUGUUUUUUCAGUCAUUCCCUUAAUGUUUAUUUUUGAUCCUACGGAGGGUAGAAGUAAGUAGUAUCAUCUCAGUGUAUUAAAGUGUCCGCUAAAAGCCAAUUAAGGUGGCGCCACAGUAGCAAGUGGAAAGAUUUAAUCUUCUUCUGAGUCGGUCUCUUCAUUACUGAAAGUCGUGUCUAAUCGAAAAUGUGGACCACUCGAUGCACAAUGCUUCCCCACGUCUUCCUGUCCUCGGCGGUCUUUAUAACCUCGGUUAUUGGCAGGCCGGUGAGCGUCUUAACCAGAUCAGACCAGCGGAUAGGUGAGCGUCCGCGUGAUCUUCUCCCGUCAGCCUGACCAACUACCAUCAGCUUCUCCAAGUUAUCGGGGCCUCUACGAGCGAUGUUGCCGAAGUACCCGAGAAUACGUUGGAAGCAGAUAGCGGACAGCCUUGUGGCAAUACCGAGUUCCUUCAGAAUGGACAGGUUGGUCCGGCGUGUUGUCCAUGGAAUUCGCAACAUCCGUCUCCAACACCACAUUUCAAAAUCGUCGACCUUUGCUCUCUCACUUCGUCUUAUCGUCCAGGAUUCGGCGCCAUAAAGAAAAAUUGAGAAGACCAAUGUACGUACCAGCCUCACUUUGGUUUUGCGGGAUAUAUUGCGGUUUUUCCAUAUCCUAGUGAGCUUAGUCAUAGCUCCUUUCGACAUUUGGGUUCUUCUAGCUAUCUCCUUUUCGCUGCCACCCUCGCCAUAAAGAAGAGAGCCAAGAUAAACGAACUGGUCAACAAAUUCCAAGUCAUGCAGUUCAUUAGAGCGAAUAAGCAUACCGGGUCUGUCCACCGUCAAUACCUUGGUCUUCGCCUUAUUAAUGGUUAGGCCAACUAAUUCACUCUCCUCCGCCACCCUAGUAAAGAGUUGGGCUAGUUCUUGCUCGGAUGAUGCGAACAGUGUGGUGUCAUCUGCAUAACGGAAGUUGCUGAUUUUUCUGCCGCCAAUGGAUAUUCCACCCUCCCAGCCAUCUAAGGCUCGUCUCAUAAUGUAUUUCCCAUAUAUGUUGAAGAGAAUCGGAGAUAAUAUACAUCCUUGCCUAACACCUAAAGAUUUAAUAAACGGCUCCAUAAAUUGCAAUUCACUUUAUGCCGGCACAUUUUGCUUAAAACUGCUAUAUUCAUAUAAAUUCUUCUUCCACUAAUAACUUGCUGUUUACAAGUGGACACUUUUUCGACUUGUUCCUUAUACAAUAUAGUGCUAUUUACCUCUACCCUCCAUAUUACAUGUUGUGUGUUAAAAUUUUAGGAUAGUGUAGAAUAUAAGCCCUAUACCUAAUGAUCCAGAUAGCCAAGAAUAGGAUGUCAUGAAGCAAUGACAGUGAUCUAAUUUCCAGGUAUACUUGGGGUGUAUACACGGCAUUGUUCAAUAAUAAUGAUGCCAUGAUAGUUUUUGAGUUUCCACAAAGAAAGGGUAAAUUAGUACAUGUAUGUUAUCGUUCCUAAUUAUAAGAUAGUGAAAUAUUGUAUACAUUAAAAUUUGCUCAUUUUUAUAAUGUUUAAGAAAAUAUUAUUUUAUUAAAAAGAAAAAAAUAUUUUAAAGU